AAAAGGACAGCAAGGUCGCAGCGCCGGCUUUUAAAAGUGAAAUUUUCGCGAUGAAGUCUCGGCGUCACCAAGAAAACUCAGAUCUUAAUUUUAAUCGCGCCAAAGACAACUGCUAUCUUCCUGACUUCAAGGUUCCAUUUGAAUUUCGUGAACCAUACAUUUUAACCGGCUAUCGCCGUCCACAAUUGUCUGCUUGGGAAUGUUUACUGAGUUUGUUCAAGAGAACGAACGAAACCAUCAAUGUUUGGUCACAUGUUGCUGCCUUUGCUGUCUUCGUUAUUCGCUCGAUCAUCGUCUUCAGGCAGCACAAUCCAUUUGAGGAUGCUUUUGUUUAUCCGUUACUUUCCUUUGCUAUUGGGACAUCAGCUAUGUUCUUCAUGAGCUCAGGAGCGCACCUUUUCAACUCGAUGUCGAGCAAGAUUCGCCAUGUUUGCUUCUUCUUCGACUACGCUGCUAUUGGAGUGUACGCGUUUUCUGUGGGACAGGCCAUGUACUUUUACUCAAGACCUUUAAAUAGUGACAGGCUGAUGUUUCGAUCCCAUUCACUUUUCAUGGUUGUUUGUGUCAUGGUCUCCAUUUUUUCGACUUUUUCCUGUUGUGCAUCCAGACACCGUUGGAUCGAUUUCAAGUUCCUAAUUCGAACCGGAACAUUCGCGGCAUCUUUUUUUAUAAACACGCUGCCAUAUUGGCUGCGGAUGUACGACUGUUCAUCAGAAGUAGAUUGUAAUGUUGUGUCUAUCCCGUAUUUUAAGCGACAGUUUAUGUUCUUUGCGGUAGCUGCUUUGGCUAACGGUAGCAGGUUGCCAGAGAGACUUCUACCGGGCGUGUUCGAUUUCUGUGGCCAAAGUCAUCACUUUUUACACAUACUUUGUGCGAUCGGAGCAGUGGAUGAAUAUUCAGCCCUUUAUUUGGACAUGUUAGGAAGGAGGCAGGCUUUGGAAAAUUUAUCAAACCUACCCACCUUUACAAACAGCCUUUGUGUGAUACUGCUUGUACUCGCAUGUAAUGUUGCGGUGGUUAUCUGGUUUACAAAGUCAAUGAAGUCGGUUGAGAGUGCAAACAACACCAGUUCUUCAGAUAAAGAUGACUAAAUAUCAAGUAACCCUUUGACUCCCAAGAUCUGAUUGUUAAUUUCCCCCUCUAGCUGCCAUACAUUUCCUUGUAAAUUAGUGACAAGAAUUUGGUGUUAGAUCAAGAUAGCAACUUCUAUCUGGUAAGUUUUCGUAUCCCAUCAUCUGUUUGUUGGAUAAUUUGUGGAUAAUGUAUAGAGAAGUUACUUGUUAAUCACAUCAGGGAGUAAAAGGGUCAGUAUCAUCUAUUAGAAGGCAAACUCAACAGUAAGUCCAUGAUUAUUGUUGUUUUGACAUUGCAUAUACUUAACUGGUACUCUAUUUUAGAUAUAAACUAUUUUUUUGUGAUUUCUCAUUAAGUAAAUACUUAUUUGCCAAGAAUCAAUUAUUUUUCUAGUGACUAAUCAGGAAGCAUGAGAAAGUGAAUCCCUCAGUUAAAAGGGAAAUAGAACUUGAAACAGAAUAGGCCAAAUAGAAGCAAAUUGUGUUUGUUCUUUCAAUUCCCACUCCAUUGUUAACCCUUUACACCCUAUUAUCAGUAUCCAUAUUCUCUUCUCUCUUCUCUUUACAUUUCCAUUUGUACUGAAAAGGAGAUUUUGUUUAUCAAUCAAAGCUUCUUAAGUUGGUGAUCAUUUCCUUUAUUCUCAUGAUCGUAAUGAAUUUUUUAGCAGUGUUAUGGUAAGGAGAAAUUAGACUCUGGUCACUCUUAUGGUAGAGUUAAUGAUGAUUUACGUUUGUUUGAAUUUCUCACACGAUGAGAGAUUUCACUGUUCUUCCUCAAAUUUGUUUUUCCAAAAUUUCCGGGACUUUCAAGACAUCAGUGUUCUAGAUUAUCCAUAUAUUGAAUUAAAUUGAUCUCCAGCCAAGUCUAGGAGUAUUAAUAAUGAGCUCUGACUAUGGUGCACAUGUUGAAAAUUUCAGUUCUCUUACAUGAUUGCUGAAAAGUGUGUUGAUGUGAUUGGGAACAAUCCUAGAACGGUGUCUGUUGAUUAGGUAAAAAAAUCUUAAUUGUGAAACGGAUCAUCUGCUUUUGAAUAUAGUUUUAGUUUGUAAAACUGUCACAAGUGUGUAAGUUUGGAUUAUCUGGUAAGCUUUU